AUGCCGAGUACAAUCACUAUCAGCUGGCUCUGUUUGAACAAGUUUGACGAAUCCGGGAGAAUGGCCAGCCCAUCCAUGCCUCCGAUCGUUGAGUUUUCAAGUUACGUGACACGAAUGGCUGCGCAACCUUGCAACCUUGAAUCGGAGCGCGAGGACACGUGCUGCAUCAGCGACACGUUGGUGCCGGGCAGACAGACAGGUGUGGGGCCUCCGAGAAUGGUGGAGACCGUCAGGGAUGGACAAGAUGUUAAUUACUGCGGCAUUGCCAGCAUGGCGGUGGCCCCAGGCCGCGAUCCUUUCUGGGCCGUGGUGAGCGUGGCUCUUUGUGCCGUGAAGACCUCUGCGUUCUGGGGUGCGCUGCUUUGGGCAUCCUGGCUGUUGGCAAAACUUCUCAGGCCUGCCGUACACCGGUCGCUUUUACUUGCCGACAUGGUGGCAGAUUUGCCUGACAUACAACCUGCGCUCGAGCCGCUGAUCGCACUCUUCCUCUCCUUGGCCCUGGGAAGCUUUGGGGCACUGCUGAUGGCUGGAUUGACAGAGGUUUCUUUCCUGCCCGCAAAGGCCAUCUUGAGCCUCGAGCGGAAGGCUGAGACGGAGAAAGUUCGCGAACAGCUGAAGCUCUUGCUUCGCAGCAAGGACUGCCUUUGUAACAUGGACAUCUGCAACUUCCUAUCUCUGGGCAUGGCGACUUACUUCAAUUCCUCGGAGACCCACAAGGAGGGGCGCUGCUUCGUGCGGCGUCAUGAAACAACUGAGGACUACUUCAUGAACCGGCGGCGGCAGCGCUGCUCGUUUUUCUGCCUCCGUUGCGAUUUCCGCCUGGAGCUGGCACGAAGACGAGGGCUCCAGGAGCGCUGGCUCGUCCUGCGGAAAGACGGCAUCGCCUUGUUCUCGUCCCUUAUGGACACAGACCCCACAGACAUGCUGUUCUUCGAUACAAGCUUUGCGUUGUUUCGAGAUGAAGAGGAUCACGUGCUCGUGAAAGGAGCAUCUUGGGUUCUUGAGCUGUCCUUCGGUGAUGGCCCUCGCAGGCACAGCAGCGCACAAGGCUGGUGCAAUGCCAUCACUGUGACAGCGCAGCUGUCCACCCGAACGAGGGAGCAGCGCUACGGCUCCUUCGCGCCGCUGCGGUCCCCCGCCGCCCCAAAGGAUGGUGAUCGGCAUAUGCUCCGCCGGAGCUUGUGCCGUUAUGCUGUCAAUGGCCGAGCGAUCUUCCGCGCUGUCGCCGAGGCCAUUCUCCUUGCAAAGCACGAAAUCUUCAUCCUCAGCUUCUUCUUGAGUCCCCACAUCGAGCUUGUAAGAGAUGGUGACUCACUUCCUGGCGUGCCCGAUGCAAAGGUCGCAGCUUUGCUGAAAGCCACGGCAGACCGCGGAGUGCGGAUCUACGUGUUGUUGUACCAGGAGACUGGGAAGUUCGUCCCCAAUGAUUCGGCAUAUGCCGAGAACGAACUUCAACACAGGAACAUCUUCGUCAUGCGACACAGGAGCAGAUUUGACAGCAACCUGCUAUGGACGCAUCAUGAGAAGGUAGUUGUCGUUGACCAGCAGCUUGCCAUUGUUGGAGGACUAGACCUUUGUAUUGGGCGCUAUGAUGAUUGGAGGCAUUGCAUUUCUGACCCCGCGGCGAGUGUUUGGAAGGGUCAGGACUACUACAACCCACGCAUCAAGGAUGUCACGGAUGGUCGGCUCCAACACGAUCUUCUAGAUCGCAGGCGACAGGCGCGCCUGCCGUGGCAGGACAUCGCCUGCGAGUUGCUCGGCCGUCCAGCGCGUGACGUUGCAAGGCAUUGUGUGGAGCGAUGGAAUCAUGCAAGGUGCAUCAACUCGAUGUACCAUGGCCUUCCCACUGCACUGCUCAAACGGAAGGUUGCCGUGAACAACGAUGACAUGCUGAAGCUUCCUCACAAGGUGAGCGAUGCUUCGUGGCCACCGGAGAGAGGCUCCUGGCAGGAAUGCAGGGCGCAGGUGGUACGUUCGGUGGGCCGCUGGAGUGCUGGCACCAAGACGGAGUCCUCCUCGCAUCAGGCAUAUUGCGAUCUGAUCCAGGAGUCGAAACGGUUCAUUUACAUCGAGAACCAGUUCUUCUGCUCGGGGAUGGAGGGGGAGGAGUCCAUCGGCAACCGCGUGCUGGAGGCGUUGUUUCGUCGCAUUGUGAAGGCCGACGAGCAGCGGGAAGUCUUCCACGUCGUCGUCCUCCUGCCGCUGCUGCCAGCACUUGAGGCUCCGCUGUGCCAAUCCAAUGCCUCCCAGCCGGUCUUCCGGGUGAUGCAUGCCCAGUACCAGACAUUGCGAGGCCUGCGCAAGGAGCUCCGUGCCCGAGGGGUUGAUGAGACGAAGUACAUCUCUGUCUUCGGCCUCAGGACGCAUGGGUGGCUGGAAGGCCUCGGCUAUGUAACGGAGCAGAUCUACAUCCACUCAAAGACUAUGGUCGUUGACGAUGAGGUGGCGAUUGUCGGCAGCUCCAAUAUCAACGACCGCUCCCUGCUGGGGAUGCGAGACUCUGAGGUCAAUGUGGUCAUCCAGGACACCGCUGCGGCCUUCAGCGGAGCUGGGAGCCUGCGCGGCGGUCCUGCAACGAACCUUCGGAAGGCACUUUUCGCCCAGCACAUGGGGUUGACGCGGGAGCAUCUCGAAUCUGUCUAUCCGAAUCCUGCCAGCGAGGCAUGUGUGGCCGAGAUGCGGAGAGUGGCCCAGCAAAACACUUCGGUUUACGAGGAACUCUUCGGCGCAUUGCCUUCGGAUGCUGUGGGCACCUGGGGAGAGCUAGCAGCCCGGCGGCGGCAGGUGCAGCCGGCGCUAAACGCAGACUUCAGCAGGAUACCCGAUGCGCAGAUCGCUGAAGAAGCUCUCAAGAAAGUGCAGGGAUACUUGGUCCAAUUUCCUUUAGAUUUCCUGGCCAAGGAGGACUUGACGCCUUCCGUGGUGGGCGGCCUUCUUGGCCCUGUUUUCACAUAA